UGAAAGAGAUAGGAGCAAAAAGAAAACGGUCGUGACAACGCGAUCUUAGUCUGGAAGCUCCUGAGGAGCUUGGCGAAGCAUAGAAAUCUUGAUCGGAUCGGAAUCGCGUCUGUAUAGGGAAAUGGCGUCUGAGCUCCACCAAUUGAGGUUCGACCCGCCCCAAUCCAACGCGUCCGAUGAGUCUUCUGCCCAGGACGAUCGUCCACUGUUGAAUCCAGACUCUGACGCCGUUGCCGACGACGAUUCCGACGAUCUCCACCAGAAAUAUGCUCCGUUUGUCCGACGAGAUGUUUACGGCACCAUGGGCCGAGGGGAGCUGCCGUGGAUGGAGAAGGUGCUGCUCGCAAUAGCGCUCGUUACAAUCGUUCCUAUACGGGUGGUUAUUGGGAUGAGUUUGCUGUUCCUCUAUUACAUGAUUUGCAGAGUUUGUACGUUAUUUCACGAUCCGAAUAGGGAGACGGAUGAGCAGGAGGACUACGCGCACAUGGUGGGAUGGAGGAGGUCCGUAAUUGUUUGCACCGGAAGAUUUCUGUCCAGAGCCAUGUUAUUCGUUUUAGGGUUUUAUUGGAUUUCGGAAGUUUAUCGGAUCCUGCCAAAUGAGGACAAGUCAACUAACGAGAACGAGGGGCAAGAGAAGUCUCAAGAAUCUGAAAGACCCGGGGCUAUUAUCAGCAACCAUGUUUCAUAUUUGGAUAUCUUGUAUCAUAUGUCUUCUUCCUUUCCAAGCUUUGUUGCUAAGAGAUCAGUGGCUAACAUUCCUCUAGUUGGUAUUAUCAGCAAGUGCCUUGGCUGUGUUUAUGUUCAACGGGAGUCAAAGACAUCUGACUCCAAGGGUGUUUCAGGUGUUGUGAGUGAAAGAAUUCGAGAAGCUGUGAAGAAUAGCUCUGCUCCCAUGAUGAUGCUUUUUCCAGAAGGAACAACUACUAAUGGGGAGUUUCUCCUUCCAUUCAAAACGGGUGCAUUUUUGUCGAGAGCUCCUGUUCUUCCAUUGAUUUUAAGAUAUCCGUAUCAGAGAUUUAGUUUGGCCUGGGAAUCAAUAACAGGAGGCCGUCAUUUUUUACUUCUUCUCUGUCAAUUUGUAAAUCACAUGGAGGUAAUAAGACUGCCUGUCUAUGUCCCAUCACCAGAAGAAAAGAAUGAUCCGAAGCUUUAUGCUAAUAAUGUUAGAAGGUUGAUGGCCAAAGAGGGAAAUAUGAUGCUUUCGGAUAUUGGACUCGCGGAGAAGCGUGUUUAUCUUGCUGCUCUGAAUGGUAAUAAUAACACCCAUAUUGUUUUGCAUCAGAAAAACGACUGAAUUCACUAGUUCGUGUGUAGUUUUAGUUUGUCCAGGAAUGAACUGUUACGAUGGGGGAAGUUACGCACCCAUCCAUCUAUCUAGGUACUACUAGAGUGCGUUUCUUGGCCUGUAUAAUAUAUAUAUCUAACAAACAUAAUAUUCGGGUAGAGUUUAGUUUUUACCUA